CAGGAGGAAAGAGAAACAUGUGAGUGGCCCGAAGAGCUAGUGAGACAGAGACAACUUAGUGCUACUUUUUGUGCCAUAGGCUACUUACCACACCAACCACUGCGCAGAAACGGAAUUUAACUAAUGGAAAAGGAGAUCUAUUAGGAUCCCUGUAUAUCUACUAGUUGUGUUUUUUUUUAACACUUUUAUUGAUGUUUUCUUUUGUAGGCUACAAGAAAGAUAAUGAGCUAUGCCGUCAUAACCAGCACUUGCAUUAAUUUAUCUAAAUUUAUAACAAUCUUUAAUGUUUCUUGAAUAUUUAAUUUAGGUUAUUAAUGUCUAUAGCGUACCCUUCUAAAUUAUUUCACUGUAACCUCCGUGUAAAAAGAGGCUCCUAACAUAGCGUAAACAUAUAGGCUAUAUACUAUCCGCUGGAUAUUCGCAGUUGGACGUCUUGGAUAAUUAUUAACCAGUCGCACUUUGGUGUUGCGCUGUGUUUAUUUGAAUAUGAAGCAUUUGAAAAUCGUGCUUGUGUUGGCUAUUGCGGCUAAUGUGUGGGAAUGCGGAGACACGAAAUUCGGUGGAGAAAAGGGAGAAAUUAGUCCAAGAAGGAGGAGAUGUUACGAUGGAAGCCUGCCGAAGCGCCUGAAGAAGAGAGACAGAAAACUGUCACUGGACAGCGGCAGCGGCAGCGAGGUUUGCCACAGGCUCUACCCUCGCGUGUCCUGUUGCCCCAACCGGAGAGCUGCUUUUCAAAUACUUCACCGGCGCGAUGCCAGGACCUUCUCCACCAACAACACGGAAUGUUCCCGGCUGCUAGAGGAGCUGAGAUGUGCCCGCUGUUCGCCCAAUGCCCAGAUGCUUUUCCACACCCCCAACGGAGCUGCAGCUGUGCCUUCCCGGGAACCAGACUUGCCCCUGCUGUGCCAUGACUACUGCAGGGAGUUCUACUACACCUGCAGAGGACAUGUUCCAGAGCUUUUUCAGGCAGAUGUGGAUGAGUUCUGCCAGUACUACAGCAGGAGAGAUGGAGGCCUGUGUUUCCCAGACUUCCAGCGAGUGCGAAGGCCAGACUCCAACUAUCUUGGGGAUGAGAAAAUUGAGGACAUAAACAGGAAGCACAAACACAACUGCUACUGCGUGCAGGAGGUGUUGAGCGAGUUGCGACAGCCGGUAGGAGUGGUGCAUUGUGGGGAUGGCUCCCAUCGCCUCUUCAUUCUAGAGAAAGAGGGCUUUGUGCGGAUUCUCUCCCACACCAUGGAGUUGCUCAAGGACCCAUUCCUUGACAUUCACAAGCUGGUCCAGAGCGGCAUGAAGGCCGGAGAUGAAAGGGGCCUGCUAAGCCUCGCAUUCCACCCCAAUUACAGGAAGAAUGGAAAGCUCUACGUGUCCUACACCACCAACCAGGAGCGCUGGGCCAUCGGACCGCACGACCACAUACUCCGUGUGGUUGAGUACACCGUUUCCAGGAAAAAUCCAAAUCAGGUGGACACUAGGACCGUGAGGGUACUGAUGGAGGUGGCUGAGCUGCACAGGAAGCACCUGGGAGGCCAGCUCCUCUUCAGCCCCGACGGCUUGCUACACAUCUUCCUGGGAGACGGCAUGAUCACCUUGGAUGACAUGGAAGAGAUGGAUGGGCUCAGUGAUUUCACAGGAGCCGCUCUGAGGGUGGACGUGGACACUGACUCCUGCGCUUCCCCGUACACCAUCCCUAAAAACAACCCUUACUUCAACAGCACCAAUCAGCCCCCUGAGAUCUUUGCCCAUGGGCUUCAUGAUCCUGGCAGGUGUGCGGUGGAUCGACACCACGCCGACACUAAUGGCAGUCUCCUCAUCCUGUGCACAGACUCCUCCGGCAGAAACACCAGCACAGGGAGAGUACUGCAGCUCGUCAAAGGGAAGGACUAUGAAAAUGAGCCAUCUAUCUUUGACUUGAAAUCGACUGUUAUUUCAACCCCCGUCGGAGGUUUCAUCUACAGAGGCUGCCAAUCAAGGCGGCUAUACGGCAGCUAUGUGUUUGGUGACAGAAAUGGGAACCUGCAGGUCCUGCAGAGGAGUGGAGGUGAGCGGCCUUGGCAGGAGAAGACCCUCUGUCUGGGCAGCAGCACCUCGUGUGGAGCUUCACUGACAGGGCACAUCCUGGGCUUCGGGGAGGACGAGCUGGGUGAAGUCUACAUUCUGACCUCAAGCAAAAGCAUGGCACAGUCUCACAGUGGGAAACUCUACAAGCUCCUGGACCCGAAAAGACCCCCAGUGCCUAAAGAAUGCCGUCGUCCAGUGGAGGCCCCAGAGAUGCUGAGUAGCCCCUGCUCCCGCCAGUGCAAGAAUGGACACUGCACCCCCACCGGAAUCUGCUGCUGCAGCCCGGGGUGGGAAGGCCCCUUCUGUAGAGUGGCCAAGUGUGAGCCAGUGUGCCGUAACGGAGGGGUGUGUGUGGAGCCCAGCAAGUGCUUGUGCAAAAGUGGCUUCUCCGGCGCCCAGUGUGAGAAGGGCGAGCGGGGCUCCGAGCAAGCCGAGGGGGACAAGAACAAAGACGGCAUCCUGGACCACCUAAUCGACAUGACCUCCUAUCUGCUGGACCUCACCAGCUACAUUGUAUAGAGUGGCCAAGCGAAAGGAGAUCUCCCCCCCCCAAAUUGGUGAAUACCUCCAUUUCUUGGAAGCCCUCAUCAACCCUGAACAAACCAGCAGAACAGCACUCAGCUCACUCCAUCUCAGAGAUAGCCAGCGUAGGUCUCUUCCCUCUCCUGGGCUAUCGUCUCACAGCCCGUCAGCUCUCACUACUAUUUCACAUGCUGGAAGCCAUGUCACCAAUAGCAGAGGCAGAUACAUGCAUGAAGGCUGAUGAACAGUUCCCCCCCUCAACUCUCCUCCAGCUUCUUGUGUGUCUUAACAUCCACCGUGAGGUUCUCCCUCAUCUGCGAUGGUUCCCCCUAACCUUGUUCAAAGACCAUCCAGACCUUCUAAAGCUGAAGAGAUCUGAUUUAUAUGAAUUGUUUUAGAUGGGAACCCAGGCCUCAACCCCACUACGUUAACCCCAAAAGGUCAGGUUGUUUAUGGGAGUCAGCAGAAGUUGUAUGAAAGAUCCCGUGACUUGCAGACAGAUUGGACACUGUGGGCAUGCAAUAGGAAGGCCCCCCUGCAGCAGUCCAUGACACUGAACUGCACCUCGGAGAAGCUCACAUUCUUACCAGGAUUCCUAAAGCCACCUCACAGAGGGGGCUUGCCUUGGUCUUUGCCUUCUUAAGGACUUACCAUUAAAACAUUAAAAAUGAAUGCACAUCUGUCAGUUUGACACAAACUCAAAAAGCUCACGAUUUUAGUAUGUAUGCUAACUUGAAAAGAAUAAGCAUACAAGAUGAAGAAUAUUUGUGACAAUCUUCUCAGUGAUUCCACAUGGCUCCAACCUGCAUUGUAAACUUUUGUAAACCUGAGAUCCCAAAAAAAUGAUUAAGGUUGUUAGAGCUUUUCAAGCAUAGCCCUGCUGGAGGAUAAUGGUGCCAAGUCCAUUUAAAGAGUGCUCUCUGGCCAUCUUACUGGCUCAGAGACAAUCACAAGGGCCAGUUGUCAGUCUGUUUGAGAUUUAGAAGCUUCACUGGCUUUUCCUCAUCACAACCUGUUCAAUAGUUAAAAGACUUGUCAGUAUAUUCUUGAUAUAUGUGUGUAGCUCUAGGCAGUUCAGCUAAAUGAAAAGAGGUCAGGAUGAAUAACAUUGUGACUUUUAUUUUCAAACCUGUAGAAAUAAUGCAUCUUGAAAUACAUUAUUGUACAUCAAUAUGCUAGAGUUUACUUCUAGGUACGUAAAGGUCUAAAUGUCUUACAGUAGCAGUACCUACAGUUGUUGAUGGCAGGUAGAUUCCAUGCUGGGGAAUUGAACUUGGUCAGUGUUCUGUUCUUGAAACAAGUGCCACUGUAUGAAAAAAAAACAUAUCUGUCUCAUCAUAUCCAUGGAAGCUGCUUUCUUUUUUUGAUACAAUGAUACAAGUUAGUUGUUAAGGAAAUUUGAAAUAGAAUCAUCUGAUUGAUUUAAUCAUGUUUGAAAGACAGUCAAUUUUUUUACAUCAGAUAGGAGCCAACCAAUUCUACAAAGUCAUGUCAUGAGCACGCCUAGACAGAGAGACACACAGAGACCAAAAACAGUGCAGUGCCAUGGUUGAAACCCUUCUGAACAAAUUGGGGCUAUAUUGAAGAAUACUGCGGAAUAGUCACCAUUCAGUCACAAAAGGAACAGAACACGCUGUUGUAUAUUUCUUACAGUACUGUGCCGAGAUACAUACUACUUUAGCCUCACAAAAUAAUAUAGCAUUACUGUUGUUUGAUAGAGGAGCAUUUAUUUUUUUAAGUGUGAUAAUAUAUGGGAGAGGAGGAUGUUUAUCAAGCGGUUUUACAUUAAGCUUUUUGCAUUCACACCUCAUUUUCUUUUUCCUAAUCGAAACAUAUUUGUUUUAACAGGAACACUGUUAAUAUAUUAGUGUGUCUGCGAACACUGUGUAAUCCCCAAUCGAUUACCAGUUGUGUUUUAUUUACAUGUGGGUCUUUGUCAACUCUUUUUGCCAUCAUUCAAGCAUGGACCAAUUAGUUGUCCUCCAUCCAGAUUACAAUUCAAGUCACAGAACUGCAAAUCCUUUGCUUCAGUUUUGGAACAAGAAGAAAAAUCGGAUUGUGACAUUUAGUAGUGUUAUUGUGCAGGUGUCGUAAGGGUUAACAAAAGUUGAUGGUGUCAGGUUGUUUGGUUUGAAAACAUUGCGUUGUCAACGCCACAAUGUUGAAAACAUACCAAGGCAAAUAUCUCAGCAUCUAUCAGCAUACUUAAAAAAAUGAUCCAAAGCAUUUUCACAACAGACAUUUUCAGUGACAGAGCGACUAAAUGAGGUGGAAGGCAAACACUGGUUAUUGUCGUUCAUAUCUUAUCGGACAAACUCUCCACAGCGUUGAAAGCUAAUAUUAAGGCUGUGCUCAUGGGUUAUUCAUGUGUCCUUUGUGGCAGUGGCGGUGCUCAGCGCUCGUGUGACCAAGGCCAGAAUGCAGACGCUGCUUGCAGCAGUCUCUGCCCUUUAGCCCUGUCAAGAGAACAAGCCAGACCCUCUCCCAUGUCAAUGAUAUGUCAUUACUUCUUUAUCAUUGGUAUGUGGUAACUGACGCAUGCUGCCAGUCAUCAGGUUGUUUUUGUUGAUGUUUCACUCAUAGUCACCAUGGGUGCAUCAUCCCUCUCAGCACUGCUUGCCCUACUUGAGCAAUUCCAUCAACAGCAGAUGCUGCUGUCUUCAUUGUUGGUUGUUGCAUUGUUUCAUUUUUUUUUCUUUUUUUUUUUUCUUAAAUGUAUUUUUUGAAAUUGGCCUUGCUGUGGUCGUAGUUUAUGUUAAAGUAUCCAUGCUGUAAGUUUAUCCUUUAAUUUAAGCACUUAAUGUGAAACUUGCAUUGCAGCUGCUGAGAAGGCAACAUGUGAAUAGAGAAAUCCUUUUUUUUCCUUUUUUCUCUCCCUUAUUUAAGUAGUUAUGCCAUAAAGUUAUUUAAGUUCUCUACGUUGUUUUUACCAUUAUCUGUGAAGAUUUUGAACCUGUAAAUAAGUCUAGGGCUAUCUUGGUAUUCUUUUCAGAAAUAUCAAUAUGUCUAUUAAAGUUUAUAGCAUGUUUGAAAUUAAAUGCCUCAUCUUUUUGUUUUCCAGACAAAUGAGUUAGAUCAUUGACUGGGUAAACAUUAUAAACAUGCUCAAAGUUAAUAGUGAAUAUACAAGGCAUUAAAAGGAAAUCCACACUCACA